AUGUAUGAUACUGAAGAUGAUCAAUACGAGGAGGAGGAUGUGGAAGAAAUAUCCUCGGAGUUAUGGCAGGAGGCUUGCUGGAUUGUUAUUAAUGCGUAUUUCGAUGAAAAAGGUCUUGUAAGACAACAAUUAGACAGCUUUGAUGAGUUUAUUCAAAUGUCUGUACAAAGGAUUGUUGAAGAUUCUCCACCCAUAGAGCUUCAAGCGGAAGCGCAACAUUCCUCUGGUGAAAUAGAAGUGCCACCUAAGUAUCAUCUGAAGUUUGACCAGAUAUAUUUGUCAAAACCAACCCACUGGGAAAAAGAUGGAGCACCUUCACCUAUGAUGCCUAAUGAAGCGCGUCUACGUAAUUUAACAUAUUCAGCUCCCUUAUAUGUUGAUAUAACCAAAACAAUUGUAAAAGAAAACGAAGAUCCCAUUGAAACUCAACAUCAGAAAACCUUUAUUGGUAAAAUACCCAUUAUGUUAAGGUCUACAUAUUGUUUACUGAGCAAUCUUACUGACAGAGACUUAACUGAACUUAAUGAAUGCCCAUUAGAUCCAGGAGGUUAUUUUAUAAUUAACGGCUCAGAAAAAGUAUUAAUUGCUCAAGAGAAAAUGGCAACAAAUACUGUUUAUGUAUUCAGCAUGAAAGAUGGUAAAUAUGCAUAUAAAACUGAGAUACGCUCCUGUCUAGAACAUAGCUCUAGACCAACAUCAACAUUAUGGGUCAAUAUGAUGGCUCGAGGUGGACAAAGCAUCAAGAAGUCCGCUAUUGGGCAAAGAAUAGUUGCUAUUGUUCCUUACAUCAAGCAAGAAAUUCCUAUCAUGAUAGUAUUUAGAGCUCUUGGGUUUGUAGCUGAUAGAGAUAUUUUAGAACAUAUUAUAUAUGAUUUUGAUGAUCCUGAAAUGAUGGAAAUGGUAAAACCGUCCUUGGAUGAAGCUUUUGUAAUUCAAGAACAGAAUGUAGCUCUUAACUUUAUUGGAGCUAGAGGAGCCAGGCCUGGUGUAACUAAAGAGAGGCGUAUAAAGUAUGCAAGAGAAAUCUUACAAAAAGAAAUGCUACCCCAUGUUGGAGUGUCAGACUUCUGUGAGACAAAGAAGGCUUACUUCUUGGGAUAUAUGGUACACAGAUUACUUCUUGCUGCUCUGGGUCGUCGUGAGUUAGAUGACAGAGAUCAUUAUGGGAACAAAAGAUUAGAUCUAGCUGGACCUUUACUAGCUUUUCUUUUCCGAGGUCUAUUUAAAAAUUUGCUUAAAGAAGUAAGGAUGUAUGCACAAAAGUUUAUUGAUAAAGGUAAAGAUUUCAAUCUUGAGUUGGCUAUUAAAACAAAAAUUAUAACUGAUGGGUUGAGAUAUUCUCUUGCGACUGGUAAUUGGGGUGAUCAGAAAAAGGCCCAUCAAGCGAGGGCAGGUGUUUCUCAGGUAUUGAAUCGUUUGACUUUUGCAUCAACCCUUUCACACUUGAGACGUGUUAACUCACCUAUUGGACGUGAUGGAAAGUUAGCUAAACCUCGCCAACUUCAUAAUACUUUGUGGGGAAUGAUCUGUCCAGCCGAAACACCUGAAGGUGCAGCUGUAGGUCUGGUGAAAAAUUUAGCACUUAUGGCUUAUAUUUCUGUUGGAAGCCAGCCAUCACCUAUUUUAGAGUUCUUGGAAGAAUGGUCUAUGGAAAAUUUGGAAGAAAUAGCACCUUCAGCAAUUGCUGAUGCAACAAAGAUAUUUGUAAACGGUUGUUGGGUAGGUAUACAUAGAGAUCCUGAACAAUUAAUGGCAACAUUGAGAAAGCUUAGACGUCAAAUGGAUAUAAUUGUGUCUGAAGUAAGUAUGAUACGCGAUAUUCGUGACCGAGAAAUUAGAAUCUACACAGAUGCUGGAAGAAUAUGUCGCCCAUUGUUAAUUGUUGAAAAUGGCGCACUGUUGCUAAAGAAAAAGCAUAUUGAUCAACUAAAGGAGAGGGAUUAUAACAAUUAUGGGUGGCAAAACUUAGUAGCAAGUGGUGUUGUUGAAUAUAUUGAUACAUUGGAAGAAGAGACAGUUAUGAUUGCCAUGAGUCCUGAUGACCUGGCGCAAGUAAAAGAAUAUGCUUAUUGUACCACCUAUACACAUUGUGAAAUUCAUCCAGCAAUGAUUUUAGGAGUUUGUGCAUCAAUUAUUCCAUUCCCAGAUCAUAACCAGAGUCCGAGAAACACUUACCAGAGUGCUAUGGGUAAGCAGGCUAUGGGAGUUUAUAUUACUAACUUCCAUGUUAGAAUGGACACUCUGGCACAUGUUCUUUAUUACCCUCAUAAACCAUUAGUAACAACACGUUCCAUGGAAUAUUUGCGCUUCCGUGAAUUACCAGCUGGUAUCAAUUCCAUUGUAGCUAUUUUGUGUUACACGGGUUACAAUCAAGAAGACAGUGUUAUUCUUAAUGCAUCAGCUGUUGAAAGAGGAUUCUUUAGAUCCGUUUUCUAUCGGUCUUAUAAGGACUCGGAAUCUAAAAGAAUUGGAGAUCAAGAAGAACAAUUUGAAAAACCUACAAGGCAAACUUGUCAAGGUAUGAGAAAUGCCUUAUAUGACAAGCUGGAUGACGAUGGUAUUAUCGCCCCUGGUAUAAGAGUUUCAGGAGACGAUGUAGUUAUUGGAAAAACUAUAACGUUACCAGAGAACGAUGACGAGCUUGAAGGCACGACAAAGCGCUUCUCAAAAAGAGACGCCUCAACAUUUUUGCGUAACAGUGAAACUGGUAUUGUCGACCAGGUAAUGCUUACUUUGAACAGUGAAGGAUAUAAGUUCUGCAAAAUCAGAGUGAGGUCAGUGCGCAUACCACAAAUCGGCGACAAAUUUGCGUCACGCCACGGUCAAAAGGGCACUUGCGGGAUUCAGUACAGGCAAGAAGAUAUGCCUUUUACCUGCGAAGGAUUAACUCCUGAUAUCAUUAUCAAUCCUCACGCUAUCCCAUCCCGUAUGACAAUUGGUCACUUGAUUGAAUGUAUUCAAGGUAAAGUUUCAUCAAACAAAGGGGAGAUAGGUGAUGCAACACCAUUUAAUGAUGCUGUAAAUGUGCAAAAAAUAUCUUCCUUGCUGCAAGAAUAUGGCUAUCAUCUGCGUGGUAAUGAAGUCAUGUAUAAUGGUCAUACUGGUAGAAAGAUUAAUGCCCAAGUUUUCUUAGGCCCAACAUAUUACCAGCGUCUGAAACACAUGGUGGAUGAUAAAAUUCACUCAAGAGCCAGGGGACCAGUACAAAUUUUGGUGAGACAACCUAUGGAAGGUAGAGCAAGAGAUGGUGGCCUCCGAUUCGGAGAAAUGGAGCGGGAUUGUCAAAUCGCUCACGGUGCGGCACAAUUUUUAAGAGAGCGACUUUUUGAAGUCUCCGAUCCUUACCGAAUUCAUGUUUGCAAUUUUUGUGGUUUAAUAGCCAUUGCAAAUCUAAGAAAUAAUACAUUUGAAUGUAAAGGAUGCAAAAAUAAAACCCAGAUUUCGCAAAUUAGGCUUCCUUAUGCUGCAAAACUGUUAUUCCAAGAAUUGAUGUCUAUGAAUAUAGCUCCAAGACUUAUGGUAGUAAAUUAA